AUGUAAAAAAUAAAAAUUAGGAUUUUUUUUAUUAGAUUAGUAAAGACAAGAUCUUUUAGAUCGGUGGCAACACUGAGGAUGCACCUUUUGACAUACACUCCGAACCUCGUGGUUCGACAAACACGUUGUGUAUUUAUCUUUUUUCACGAAGUUUUGUUUGCUACAUUCAUUCGAGAUUUGUGGAUGCUAUUAAAUUAUUAAAUUUGAAAAAAUGGAGAAGAAAGAAACGUCAAAAGUUGUUGCAAAUGUUAAAGUUGAGAAUUCAACUAUGAAGGAGGUUGUAAUAGAUAUUGAGCAUCGCGCUGACAAUUAUGACAGUUGCAAUACACUUGUCUUACCUGCGAAGAAAAAGAAAGGAAAAAAUGAGAAGAAAGAGAAGAAAGCAAGGAUUCAGUUAUUACCAAAGAAACGGAAACAACUGGAAAAAAUAGUAGAGAAAAAAAAGAAAAAAGAACAGAGAGCAACAUUGUUAGAAGAUUUGGCAAAAUUGCAAGCAUCUUCAGAUGAGUUACAGCAAUAUGUAAGUUUAACAUCUAUGCAAAACAAAGGUUUAAAACGCCAUUUUCGAGAAUUAGAGAUGCCUGUUUCAAAACUGAAAAAAAAUGAAGCUGAGAAAAGUGAUACAUCAAAGACAACUUCCUGUACAAAUUCUAUCAAAGGCAGCAAAAAGAGAAGAUUAACUAUUUUGGACCAUGCAAAACAAGAUAAAACUAAAUAUGAUCCAAAUAUAAUUGGAUUUGAGUCUAGUGAUGAUAGUGAUGAUGAAAGUGAUAGUAAUAAUGAAGAUGAAAAUGAAUCAUGUGUUCCUGAUAAUAUUGCUGUUUCCACGAUAAAUGAAAAAAGUAAUGAAACUCUUGUAGAAGAGCCACAAAAGAAAAUCGUCCCAACUAAAUCUCCGGUACCUAAAAAGUCAGUAGAAAAACAAACUGCUGUCUCUAAAGUUUCCACACCUACUGUCUUUGUGCCUGUAAGUAGAACGCCAGAGAUACAAGCAAUUAGAAUGAAACUACCUAUUGUUGCGGAAGAACAAGUAAUAAUUGAAACAAUAAAUGAAAAUCCAAUAGUCAUAAUAACUGGAGAAACAGGAAGUGGCAAAACAACACAAGUCCCUCAGUUUUUAUACGAAGCUGGAUAUGCUCAAAAUAAAUUAAUUGGAAUAACUGAACCAAGAAGAGUAGCAGCGAUGUCAAUGAGCAAACGAGUAGCUCAAGAAAUGAAUCUUACUGAAAAACAAGUUUCAUAUCUAAUUCGUUUUGAGGGAAAUGUUACUGAGGAAACAAAGAUCAAAUAUAUGACUGAUGGUGUUUUAUUGAAGGAAAUUCAAAGUGACUUUUUAUUAAAAAAAUAUUCUGUGAUUAUACUUGAUGAAGCACAUGAACGUAGUGCACAUACUGAUAUUUUGAUCGGUCUACUAUCCAGGAUUGUUCCACUUCGUAACAAACGCAAUAAUCCCUUAAAAUUAAUAAUUAUGUCGGCUACAUUACGUGUAGAGGAAUUUGUAGAAAAUACAAAGUUGUUUAAAGUAAAGCCGCCAGUAAUUACAGUUGAUGCACGACAAUUUCCUGUAACAAUGCAUUUCAACAAAAGAACAAGCGAAAAUUAUGUCAACGAAGCAUUACGUAAAGCAAUAAAAAUACAUACUCGCCUUCCAGAAGGAGGAAUAUUAAUUUUUUUAACAGGUCAACAGGAAGUACAUACAGUUGUGUAUAAAUUACGCAAGUUAUUUCCAUUGAAGAAAAAUAAAUAUCAAGUUAAACGAGUAAAUUUGGAAGAAAAAGAAACAAUGGAAGCAACAGAGAAUAAUGAUCACAGUAAUAAUGAUGAGUUCGAUGAUGAUGAUGAUUUUGAUGCCAAGCAAGCAUUACACCAUUACAAACAGAGGAGAAAGAAACAGAUUAUACUUCCAAUUAUUAAUCUCGAUGAUUAUUCAACAACUCUCACUGAUGACACGCACGAAGAAUUAAUCAAUGCACGAAAUGAUGAAGAUAGUUUGGACGAAGAUGAAGAUGAGGAUGAAAUUGUUGAUUUCAAAUCAUGGUCAGAUGCACAACCAUUGUGGGUUCUACCUCUUUAUUCUCUUUUACCUAGUAAUCAACAAGCUAAGGUGUUUGAACCUCCGCCAGAAGGAUAUCGUCUAUGCAUAGUAGCCACUAAUGUUGCAGAAACAUCGCUAACGAUUCCCAACAUCAGAUAUGUUAUAGAUAGCGGGCGUCGUAAAACAAGAUUAUACGAUAAAGUGACUGGUGUGAGCACUUACCAUAUUUGUUAUACGAGCAAAGCAGCAGCUACGCAACGCGCUGGCAGAGCCGGUAGAACUCGACCUGGUCAUUGUUACAGAUUAUAUUCAUCGGCUGUUUACAAUGACCAAUUUGAGGAAUAUAGUCUACCGGAAAUUCAAAAGAGGCCAAUAGAUGAUCUAUUAUUGCAAAUGAAGACAAUGAAUAUAAAUAAAGUAGUGAAUUUCCCAUUUCCUACGCCACCGGAUGUCAUACAAUUACAGUCCGCGGAAAGACGGCUUAUAAUACUAGGAGCAUUGGAAUCACUUCCGAAGACACAAGAAUUGUUUUGCGCGAAAGUGACACCGCUUGGACGAAGUAUUGCUGCGUUUCCGGUUAUUCCGCGUUAUGGCAAAAUGUUAGCACUGUCACAUCAACAUAACUUAAUGAAAUACACAAUAUGUAUGGUAGCAGCUCUCAGUAUUCAAGAAGUGCUGAUAGAAGCAUCUGGCACAGAAGGUUCAGCUAAACAUAAAUGGCUGUCAAUGCGUCGUGGCUGGGCCGGCAAUGGCAAUAGUUUAUUUCUUGGUGAUCCAAUGGUUUUGAUAAAAGCUAUCAGUUUGGCUGAGUACGAGGGAUCUCAAGGAAAACUGCUGCCCUUCUGUGAAGAGACUGGUUUAAGACACAAAGCUGUGGUUGAGAUUAGAAAACUAAGACAGCAACUCACCAAUGAAAUCAAUUUAAUUAUACCGGAUUUAAACCUAAUUAUUGAGCCAAAAAUGUCGCCACCAACUAAUAUGGAAGCUAAAUUACUCCGUCAGAUAAUUCUCUCAGGCAUGGCGGAUCAAAUUGCAAAAAAGGUUUCACCUGACGAAAUAAUAGAUGAAGACAAGAUGAAGUGGAAGCACGCUUAUAGGACACCAGAAAUGGAAGAGCCAGUAUUCAUGCAUUCCUCAAGUGUCUUGCGAAAGACUAGUCCAGAAUGGGUGGUUUACCAAGAGCUUUAUGAAACAACUAAGGUGUACAUGCGAAAUAUCACAGCAAUACAGCCUGAAUGGUUACCAAUAUUCGCACCUACAUUGUGCAAUCUCAGCGAACCAUUGAAAGAUCCACCACCAAGAUAUGAACGAGGAACUGGAAAAAUAAUCUGCCGCGUAUGCGGCACAUUCGGAAGAAGCGGAUUGAAACUUCCGCCGAUGGAUAUAGAGCAUCCGUUGACGUUAGACGGUAUCAAGUGGUUCGCAUGCUUCUUCUUACAGGGUGAAAUAUGUCCUAAAUUGAAACAAUUUGUGCCAUCAUUACUGUCGACACCAGAAAGCAUCAUAAAAUCCUGGGCCAAGUUAAUACCACGUACUCAAGUGGUAUUACAAGCACUACUAUCGCACGAAAUCAUGUCUAAGGAUAAACUAUUGGAAAUAUGGAGUUCAGAUAAGACAUUUUUACUAUCACAAUAUCAAAAAUGGCUACCGGAAAACAGACACUCGGAAGUAGCUCUUUUAUGGCCACCUGUAUAAUACGAUUUAUAACGUUAUUACGGAAGAAAAAACAUUGAAUUAAUAUACACAUUUAACAUAUAUAGUGUAUGUGUAUAGUGCAUAUAUAUAGUGUGUAUAUAUA